AUGAAGCCCAGACGGUCGGCAGCACCUCCGGGGGCGCCCGCAGCAGCCACUGUGUCCAGCUCCCCGCUCCCCCCGCGGGGCCCAGGCGAGCAGAGCGGCGCUUCUGGUGCCAACGGGACACCGUGUCCCGGAGGGUCCCCGCUUCCCAAGCGGAAUAGAAGGAAGGAAGGAAGCAUCAGGAGCACCUCGCCCCCCCACCCCCACCCCGGUGACAGGAGAGGCUGCGCCCCGGCUCCUGUGGGCGUGGAGGGAGGGACCCCCUGGCCCCGGGGCCACGCAGCAGCCCGGUCUCCCGGGCUCUGGGGGCAAAGGGCUCCUCACGCUGAGAGACAUCAGAGAUGCCCUGAGAGUGGAGCGCGCCCAGCUGGGGAGAGGCGAGAAGGGAGAGGAGGGGUCAGGGAGGACAGCAGCAGCGUGUCCCCGAGGCAGCGUGUCCCCCGAGGCAGCGAGUCCCCCAAGGCAGCGUGUCCCCCAGGGCAGUGUGUCCCCGAGGGCAGUGUGUCCCCCAAGGCUGCGUGUCCCCGAGGGCUGUGUCCCCGAGGCAGCGUGUCCCCCAAGGCAGUGUGUCCCCCGAGGGCAGUGUGUCCCCCAGGGCAGUGUGUCCCCCAAGGCAGCGUGUCCCCCAGGGCAGUGUGUCCCCGAGGCAGCGUGUCCCCAGGGCAGUGUGUCCCCGAGGCAGUGUGUCCCCCAAGGCAGUGUGUCCCCCAGGGCAGUGUGUCCCCGAGGCUGUGUGUCCCCCAAGGCAGUGUGUCCCCCAGGGCUGUGUGUCCCCGAGGCAGCGUGUCCCCCAGGCAGCGUGUCCCCCGAGGCUGUGUGUCCCCCAGGGCAGUGUGUCCCCCAAGGCAGCGUGUCCCCCAGGGCAGUGUGUCCCCCAGGCAGCGUGUCCCUGAGGAAGCGUGUCCCCCAGGGCAGUGUGUCCCCCAAGGCAGCGUGUCCCCCAGGGCAGUGUGUCCCCCAGGCAGCGUGUCCCUGAGGAAGCGUGUCCCCGAGGCAGCGUGUCCCCAGGGCAGUGUGUCCCCAGGGCAGUGUGUCCCCCAGGCAGUGUGUCCCCGAGGCAGUGUGCACCGGAGGGAGGGGUGUACUUGGAAGGGCCCAGGGGGCACUGAUUGGCCACACAGCUCUGUUUUAACCCAGACGCCCCCUAAAAGAAUGCUGUGUGCUUCCCACACACAUUUUUAAGUUAACAUCUAAAAUUAAAAGGAAUAAAUUCUGAUAAGUUGUACAUGACAUUUUCAAAUAAAGUGGUGACAGAUCUUUUAAAUGGACCCCUUGGGUUCUAAAUACCAUGAUGAUUUAAUACCCACAAUCAUCCAUUAAAAAUACUCAAGAUUUUUACCAAUUAGAAUUUUUUUUUUUUCACCAAUUAGAAUUUAAAUUGGUUUUCUUUUUGGAAAGAUUUUCAUUCCAUAGAAUGUACCUCAAUGGAGUAUCCUUUUUCCUUCACUCUUUUAUUGACCAGACUAUUUCAUCAAGGUUCUCAGAGUUGGAAUUCCUUCUGGAUUGAGCUCUUUCUGUUGUGAGCAGUAUGAUUGAAUCCAUAUAUAUCACAAAAUCUGAUAUGUGAUGACUGUAAAUAAAGGAUAAGUUUUCCUUGAAAUGCCUGUGUUAAUCGUGCCUUAAUUAAAUAAAUUGUCUAGUUGUCUCUUGGUGUCCUCAGAAUUAUCACACCUGACCUCCUGGUAUCACCCCUGACCUCAUGGGAUCACACCUCUCCUUCUGGUAAUCACACCUGUCCUCCAGCAACGUUCCUGGACAUGUAACCCAAACCAACCACAGCCCAGCGCCCACUCAGAUGCCUCCACAGGGAACGUGCGGGGCUCUGGCGGCAGCACCAGGAACGGCAUCUUCCCGCCUCGGUGUGAACGUGCCCUCAGGUCUGCCUCCGUCUUCGUGACUGUGAUCGAGCCGCUGCAGGGCACUGCCCGGCGAUGGGCCCGACUGGCUGGUAAGUCCCAGACGCGGGGCCUGCGACGCCUCCCGUGCUUCCGUGCACACAGGCUGCGGCCCCUCUCCGUGCGCCUCUCUCCUAAGGGACGCUGUCGAGAGGAAUGACCGGGAGGGGCUGGGUGUCCUGCUUCCAGGCACCGGCUGGAGAGACGCUGCCUUCGGAGGGACGUCUGAGCCCACCUGGGAGGUGUCCGCUAGGGCAGGGUGGCCUGUGCUGGUCCGCGAGGUCCGAGGGCCUGGCGACCGCUGCCCUAGGCCCAUGUUCUUACUGGUUUCUGCCUGACGACCUACCCGCCGUGGUCACACUGAAUCCACAGACCAACUGAGAACUGCCGUGCUAUCAGUGUCGACUUCCAAAA